UUUAAUUUUACCUUUUAUGAAACAGAAAUAGUAUUUGACAAAGUAGUUUUUUAAUAAUCUAAUUUUAUCUGUGUAUACUACAAAACGUUUUAUAAUUUGACAAUGAUUGAAUAUCUUUUCUCAUGGUGUGAUCGAUGAUACCGUCAAACGGAAAGAUGAUUAUAUAUGAAUGGUUUUGAACCUCCAACAUAAAAACAAAAUAUUUAUCACCUUAGUGUUAGAUUUCUCACUUGUUAGACGUCUUCUACUAUACUGACAAAAUCAAACAUGUUUUAAAUGUGAUUGUAGAAUUCUUUUUUUGUGUGGAUUUAAUACGAUUUUGAGUGUUUAAUUGCUAAAUUUAUCUUAACGAUGAUUUUGAUUGUAAAGCUUUUGGAUGUAAUAAUGUGUUAUUUGAGAUCUAACUACGUUUUUAUUGCUGAUACGUUUAAAUAAUAUAGUAACAUAAGAACGAAAAUGCAUAAUUUAUAGGCAAGUGUUUCUCAUUUCCCUUUUUUAAAAUUUAGGAAGAAAAUACAGUAGACAAGCGCAUAUAAGUCAUGCUAAAUUCCAAGAAGUACUUACUUCACUAAAUUGCUAAUUUCAGAGUUAAAUAUACAGCCAGGCAGCUAUAAAAUUCUUCAAAAUGCACAGAGAACAUCACAUUUCAAGAUUUUAAGGAUAUUUUCAUGAUUCAAGGCAACACAUUUUUAACCAAUCAGCUGAAGUCUCAUUGAAUGCUACGGGAAAUAAUAACAAAAUUUGACCAUGUCUGCGAUAUGCAGGCUCCAUAAUCUCAAAUCCUCUCUUUUUUGUUCUGCCCACUGUUGCAAUCCCAUUAUCUUCGCCGCUUAUCAUAGAAUUGCACUAUGUGUAUCAUUGAAGGUCCUAUAUUAUACAUCGCCGUCUGAGCCCGUCUUCGGAUAUCGCUAAAUUGUUUUUGAUACUACAUGUGUAAGUGUAGAGUUCUGUUCAAUCCGGGGCUACAAAGCGAAGGCAGCUACCGCCCAUGAUCAGGCUUAAUGAAGCCGAGCCGGUAAUAUUUUCAUUUUUUGUCGUGUUGGGCAACUUGUGGAGUAUCCAAUUUUUCAAUUUUAAGAUGAAAAUAUGAUAUCCCGGCGGUCUGACGUCUAUAUGGGUAAGCGUUUAAAAUUUUCUGAAGCAAUCUAGUUAAUGGUUUACCCCAUAUAAAAUUUUUAAAAUUGUGAGGCGGAUUUGCUGCUAAACUGGCAUAUAAAACACUGUGUUUUUCUUUAUUUGUUAAUGGUUUAAUACUUGAAAUAGUCAAAAAAAAAAAAAAAAAAAAAAAAAAAAAAAAAACCAAAAAAAACCCGACCAUGUCUAGUUAUUUCGGAUAUGACACGUUAAUGUUGGAUGUUGUCUUUAAUAUACAAUCUAAAAAUUGGAAAGGGAAAAAAACGAACAAAUGUCAGAUUUAGCAGUUCAUCAUACAAAUUCUGCAUUGUUUUGCCAAAGAAGUUACUGUCUGUUAGUUUAUAACUUGUAUAAAGUUAUUAGAGAGAGUGGUCCACCGUCUGAACUCAAACAUACUUUCAGAUUCGUUUUAGAGACACAUCUGACAGUUUCCUAUAUGUAUAUGGCAAACAUUUUCCUACGGAUACAAUUUCUUUAAACUUUGUGUACUCACUGAGAAUCAAGUUUAAAACGGAAAUAUGUAUUAAAAGUCAUAGCGGUGCUUGAUCUUGAAUUAUCUGCCCUUGAAAAUCAGAAAAUACUAAGAAAUCCAAUUUUCAAGGGCAGAUAAUUCAAGAUUAAGGCCAGAGAACUGUGCAUUUUAAUUUAUAUUUCUGUUUUAGUCAUCAUUUGCAUUCAGUAUACAAAGUUUAAAGAGAUUCGGUCCAUGGGAAAGGCCAGGAUUUUGAGGUAUCAUUUUAUCAUGUUCAUAGUCAAGGACAUUUGCAACAGUGUCUAUAUUGACAGGGGGCCGAAAUUUUCUUAAGGAUAGAAUUUCUUCUUUAAACUGUGUUUACUGACAGAGAAUCAAAUCAAAAACAAAAAUGUAAAAUAAAUCAAAUCAUUGGUACCCAGUCUUGGUCAUGAAAUAUCUGCCCUUGAAAGAAAAUACUGAAAAACCUCUUUUCAAGGGCAGAUAAUUCAAGAAGAUCAAGCACCGGUACCUAUGAUUUUUAAUGCAUAUUUCCGUUUUAAACUUAAUUCUCUGUCAGUACACAAAGUUUAAAGAAAUUCUGUCCGUAGGAAAUUUUUUGCCUAUAUAGGAAACUGUCAAAUAUGUCUUUAAUUUAAUUAUCAAAGUACAUACUCAGGUAUAGAACAUGAAUAUCAUAUAAAUGUUAUAUUACGUUUAAAUUUACGGUCUGAUUUCGUAAAAUCUAUCAUUCUUGUACCUUAGUUUGAUUUUGUAGAAUAACGACAAUAAAUUGUUGUUUUUUUUGCAAUUUCCUUGCUUUAACGGGCACGUUCAAAAUGUAAUUGGUAAAGUUCUAGGCGGUAAGGGUGAUCAGAGUAGACUUUUCUGCCCUCCAACACGAUUCUUGCAACACCGGGAAUAACUAUUGAAGAUUAGGAAAUGUAGCAAGGCAGGUUGUUGCGUAUCAAAUUUUGCAGAUGGAGAAUGGUAUAAUACCAUUACGACAUGGAAGUUUACCUGGCGCUCUGCGACUGCCAAAGAGAUAUGAAAAGUUCACCAAGGAAAAAAUGUCACCUGCUUCAAAACGGAAGUCGUCCACUGCGUUUGUACACGAAGAAACUGAGGAUGACCAACUACGGGAUAUGAUGCAAGCCAUCAUGUGGGUUAAACAAGAACUUAUACUACUUAGGCAGCAUGACAUUUUACUCAAGAGACAAUUCUGUGAUAUCCAACACACCAUAAAUACCAUGAACAAAUCCAGAAAGUACAGGAAAAGUCCCGCGACAGAUUCAAACACAAGUCUCCAGUCCAAUGAAGGGAGCGACUUCGGGUUGGAUAAUUAUUCUGUACGGUCAGCGUCAAGUGUAACAGCAUUAGACGGUACAGACACCGAAGAAGACGAUGAAAUAUACCGUCCUCGAACAUCUUCUAUGAAAACCACGCGUGAUUUGACAGCUCUCGCGAGACGGAGAGGAAGCAAGGAAUUAAUAUAAACGUUUUAAAUCUUGUUCCAGAUAGACAGGAUCUGUAUAAGUUUUACAUGUGCAUAUUUCUUUUGCAUAAAACACCUAAACAAGGACGAAUUUCGGAAGGAACUAAUAAAAUACUUUAUUAUAUACCUAUAUAAAUUCUGUAAAAAAUCGGCUUGUAUUUCACAAUUAAAUAUGAACAGGCAGAAAAAAAAUC